UACUAUCAAAUAAAUUAAUGAACCGGACUGGGUGGAUUGCUCUAGCAUGUGGCUGGUUAACAUAAAAAAUAAAGCAUUUUGUAUCUGAAUUCCACAACAAAGUCUUCCACCUCCAGAUCGGUAUAGUUUUUGUAUGUACUUGACAAUUAAUCGACUACUUGAUUCUGAAUUUGACCUUUCAUUUGCGCUUUCUGUUACUUGUCAAAACUUACUUGUUAGCAGCCUAUGGAUUGUUUGUAUUAAUUAGGGUUUACUGUUAUACAGCAUUCAUUCAAAUUCAGGUGUUGAUAACUAAUUCAGGUAAAGUUGUAGUGAUGGUACCUGGAAAUAAUCCUCUGGAAUCAUUUCAUAAUUCUGUUCAACUUGUUAAAAAUGCUUUUGCCCCUUUCGAGUUUAGUUUCCAGAAAGUUACCAACGAUUUUCAGCAUUGUUGGUCUGCCUCAAGAAAUGGCGCUGACAAUGCAAUUAGUUUUGUAGCUAAAAAGUCUGAGUUGAGGAUUUUGUGUGGUUCCCACAGUAAGGUAGGAAAGGAAUGGUCAGUCGAGUGCUUUCUAGGCGGUUUGUUUGAUGAUUUAGUUCAAAACCUUCAGAAGUUGAAUUUAGGUGCUGGAGAAAUCGAAUGUACUAUUUCUGAUUUAUGUUUAGGUACUCCGAGCGGCAAUAAGUUUAAUCAUGUUAAGGCAUUAGUUGGUAUAUUCAAGGGUAGACGAACAGAUGAUAGUGGAGUUUUACUAAAUGUGAAGUUUGCGAGAGUGGGAGGUGUUCCAGCAGGUAAUGUUGCAGUAAUAGAUUCUGAGAAGGAGAUGACAUGUGAAGCUUCUACUGUUGCACCUACUGUGGACAUACCCGCUGAAAGCGUUUUUAAAUCUGCACUGGCAGGAGGCAUUUCUUGUGCUUUUUCUUCGUUUAUAAUGCACCCUGUAGAUACAAUAAAGACUCAAGUACAGGCAUCAACACUUACUUUGCCAGAAAUAAUAGUAAAAAUUCCACAAAUUGGAGCUCGAGGACUAUACAAGGGCUCCAUUCCGGCAGUUUCUGGGCAGUUUCUAGGCCAUGGGUUGAGAACUGCAAUUUGUGAAGCAAGCAAGUUUGUAUUGGUAUAUCUAGUCCCAACACUUCCGGAUAUACAGGUUCAAUCUGCUGCAUCGCUAUGGAGCACUGUUCUGGGGACCACCUUUCGAGUACCUACCGAAGUAAUAAAGCAAAGAUUACAAGCUGGAAUAUAUGAGAAUGUAGGAGAGGCACUCAUUGGUACUUGGCAACAAGAUAGCCUUAAGGGUUUUUUUCGAGGGACUGGUGCUACUCUUUGCCGUGAAGUUCCCUUCUAUGUUGCAGGCGCAGGGGUUUAUGCUGAAUCCAAAAAGGCUGUUCAGCACCUAUUAGGCAGGGAACUUGAGCCCUGGGAAACAAUUUUAGUUGGGGCUGUAUCUGGUGGGUUAGCUUCAGUCACUACAACUCCGUUUGAUGUAAUAAAAACUAGAAUGAUGACUGCUAUCCCAGGGCAACCUGUUUCGAUGUCAACGAUAGCAUUCUCUAUAAUACGUCAAGAGGGACCCCUAGGAUUAUUUAAAGGAGCUGUACCCAGAUUUUUCUGGGUUGCGCCACUAGGUGCUAUGAACUUUGCUGGAUAUGAGCUUUUAAGGAAAGCAAUGGACAGAACCAAUGCACAAAAGGUCUCUACUGCUGACUAAAGUUUCCAGGGAGUAAAAAACAUAGUCUCUGACAAUUUUAAUAGAAUUUUGCAUAUGAUAUUCCCAUUAUGUAAAUGCUGCUUGAAAGCCUACAGCUAUUUUUGUAUCAAGUGGCGACCUGUGGUUAUUGAUUUGUAACAUUUACCUCGGCUUAUGGUGUCAUACUUUUAUCGGGGUUGUAUA